AUUACGAAUGAGUUUAGUCGGGCGUGCGGUGUUGCGUGUCUUACUGCGCUGUUUCCAUGUUUUGGUAUUACGAUAUCACUUCCCCUUCAGCAGGAAGGGAGGGGAUUAACUUACAAUGAGAUAACGUCUGUACGUUAUUCACAACAUGGCUGACGUUAAAGUGUGUUGUGCAGUUAUUAUCUUGUGUUGUUGCCUGCUGUCGGUAAAAGGUAAGAGUGAUUAGUUAAUCUCUCUUUUUACUAAUGAAAAUUAAAACCCUUGUUAUUUCUAUCCCGAAGAUCAAGGAAAUCCUUCCUGCGGAAAAACAUGGAAAAAUGUUGGGGGUUUCGAUUGCGCUGAUUCAAGUAAAAUGCCCAGGGGGUGGGUAGAUUAAGGGGGGGCAACUUCGCUACAUAAGCUAUGUAGGAAUGUGCCACCCAAAAGGCUCUGGUUUUUAGUCUAAACCAUGUGAUGGUCUGUGAUGAUUGUGUCUCUUAUGAUCUCAUCGGGUAUGGUUUUCAAGCCGAACCACUAGAGAGUAUGACAGUAGCUGUCUUUCCGACUCCAGAAGAAUCGAGGGAAGAACUUUCACUUUUGAAUAAAACUAAAUAAAUAAGGUUAAAGUAGAUUGAGGAAGAUUAAAGGAGAUUGCGUUUUUAAAACUGUACAUUGUAACAGUUUGUCAAAAUCUAUCUCAAGUAAUAACACAGACAGGCUAAUUCAUUCUGUCUACAAUUUUUUUAUUGUUGGAAGCUCUAAAAAAACUAAAGAUUAUCCGAGUAACAGCUUUUCAACGAAAGAAAACCCACAAAUUUAAAGUUUAAGUGAACUUUGAAACCGUUGAAGCUACAGUAGCGACCUCAGGGAGCAUUUCCUAACAAGUCGCUGUGGGUAUACGACAAUACUUACGUUACUAUGGUAACUGAGGUGAAUUUUAAAAAGCCUGAUAUAAAUAGGGUUUCAAUAAAUGUCGUUCAUUUCUCUAUCCUUGUUUAGUCGACCUUAUUUUAUAGUCUGUGUACAGAUGCCCCCGGCCCUUCCUCCGCAGAAAAUAUCAGGAAGAGAAACUCGGAUUUUGAGUGGAUCGAGGCCGACGUCUGUACACAGGCUAUUAUUUUAAGACCCUCAGUGAUUUCUUUUCCCAUAAUGAAAUAAGUAUUUUAUUUACUUAUUUUAGUUAUUUAUUUUAUUUAUUUAUUUUUUAACUAAUCGUCAUAUUUCUUUUUGGAAACUGGAUUUUCUGUAUUCUUUAAAAGCUGAAUGCUUUUCGCCAACCUUCAGACUCAUAAGAAAAGGGCUUCUGGUCCAAAAAAAGACACUGUUGAAUACUGAAAUAGACUGUUCACAGUCCCUUAUUUUUACUGGGUAAGAUCUUCGGGAUCGAGCGAAUUGCGUUAUGCGUGCGGCCAUCUUGAACACAAGGAGUGUCACCACCCUGUUCAGCAGCACAUACUUGUUGAGGCCAAAUGAGGUAGUAUCCGCCCCCCCCCCCCCCCCGUCCCACACACACACAAACACACCCCGCUUUCUCCCGGGUCUUCGGUAAAUUUAACCAUAACGCUCAGUAGACAUAGUUUGUUCUUCAAGCGAAGUGAUUGUCAGCAAUUCCGCCUCUAACUUUGAAUUUCCUGGCGAAAAACAGGUGGUUAACUGAAUGAUCUUACACACCUUUUAAUAUUUCACACCAUCAAGCUUUCAAAAAUAUUACAAAACAAAAAUAAGAAAAGCAAUAAGAAGAAAAAGAAAGGCUUCAAAUGUAUUUCCUGACAUAUCGAAGAGGAAAAAAGAGGACGUAUGGGAACAAAUAAUGUGCUUUGCUGAGCCUGCAGGCCUUCUCCGUAAGUUUUGACUCCUUAAUAUAAGCGCACGCAAAAUCGCAUCAACGUCUUAUAAAGAAACUGCCAUUACCUAUAUCUCAAACGACAGGUAGGAACUGUGGUGAGCCACUGAAAAUUAAGCAUGGCCGAGUGGAUAGUAACUUGACGAGAAAUGGCACCCUUACAGUGCAUUACUCCUGUAAGAAAGGAUUUGCUCUCACUGGACGAACAAAUCUGACCUGCCUCUCCUCUGGUAAAUGGGAAAAAGCCAAAAUCAAGUGCGGUGAGUUUUGCACUAAUCCAUUAGAUCACGACCUCGAUCUUUUCUCUUUAAGUGUUCUUAAGUCAGUAUAAUAAUAAUACAAAAAUGGGUCUUUAUUUCCCACUAGAUAAACUGAGAUACACAUCCUAUGUUAUAUACAACUGUUUAUGAAUACCGUAAAACAAAAUAAAAUAAAUAAAGUAAUCAUAGAAUCCUAACUAUCCGGUACUAAGGUUGUGUUUAACUAUUAGUCUGUUUACAAAGGCAAACAUGAAACGCUCAGUAUUACGUUUAGGACGGGGACAUUGUUUUUUACGGAUAUUAUCAGAACAGACUUUCUUUGAAGGAAUAUAUGGAUCGAGCAAGCGGGUGGUUAUUUAUAAAAGUUACUUUCUUAAAAAUUUUACAGUAUGUUUUUGCGCAAUGACUAACUCUUCCACAUCCCACAUUUCCACUUCUAAUCCUGCAUCUAUUUCAAGGGUAUUUGUUAAGGUCUAACAGGGGUUACCCUCGCAGCUCCUGAUGGGCAACACAUGAUUAUCUACUUAAAUCAUUAUGUGAGGCUGUCUUUCAUUAAUGUGUUUGGGAGAUGUUGGAAGGAAGUUGAUAAAAAGGAGAGAGUAUCAGUUACGGUGUACUUUAGAUUUUGUCAAUGUGAAAGGUAAAGCCGUAAUACAACCGAUCGCCGUUUCCCACACCACAGAGUGAUUGAGUUUUCAAUCUGGAAAUUCGAAUCGUAUUUAUUAUCAAAAACGUUAUUUUUGCCUUGAAGAUUCAACUAAUAAAGCGAGGGAAGAUAUCCAUGUACUAAUUCACUGUUAAUACUGAUUUAAUUCCCCCUUUAGUUCCAGCCUGUCCAAAGCCUCCUGUCCCUUCCAAUGCUGUCAUUUCUGCAAGGACAAAAGAAAAGAACGUUAAAGGAUCGAGGAUAUUCUACAAAUGUAAACCAGGAUAUCGCGUGGCUGGGGGACUGUCAUUCAUAUCCUGUCUAAGAAGAAAAUGGACCAAAGUCAGCUUCGCUUGUGUUGGUAAGCGAACAACAGUCAUUUUUAUUCAUUAUAUCAUACGGACACGGAUAAACGGGAAAAUGUCAGCAUCGAUUCAGUUAACCGGAUACCUUUCUUGAACUGUAAUACUCGCCAUAUUACCAUCUCAAUGCGUAAUAUAAAAAUUGUCAUAUUAUAUUUAAGGGCGUUUGUAAAAUAAUACAUUUUUUUCUUCAGUAUAACUUAUAUUACUUUUUUUAUAUCUCCUUACUUAUUCACCUUAGAAUCAAAAGAAUGUAACCGACCCCAAAUUCCGAAGCAUGGAGAAAGGAUUGGGAGCCAAUUCGGUGUGGACAGCAAAGUGUUCUUCAUAUGUGACGAGGGUUUUGAACUUCACGGAGCAGUGAUGUUGAAAUGCCUCAAAAAUAAAACGUGGAGUGCGGAGGCGCCAACUUGUAAAGGUAACGUAACAUGCCUUGAUAAUGUCACAGAAAUCCAGCAUAUUUAUUGGGCCUUAACACUCCUCUGGGGAUGGUGUAUGUAGAUGCAUGUCAGUUCUAGACUGUUCCGAACUAGAAACCUCUCUUGGCGUAACGAUGGGAAAACUGAUAACCAUUACUGUCUUCUUUACUAAACAUAAAUAUAAUACAAUAAAAAUUACAGUGAGAAACUCUUCCUCAAUGAUAGGUGUUAUCGGGCUCUUCAGUACAGUGAGAGCGUCAGUGGUCAAGAUUGAUUAUAACCCAUAACAGGUUGCAAGUAGAACCUACAGUACUUAACCUAGCCCUUCAAAGCAGGCGUGAGAGCGAUGAUACUUAUGUUCACCCGCUAUCUUGGACGUUAAAACUGAUAGAAUUAGGGCCAAUCAGGUUCCGGUUCCGAGGGAGAGCUUAGCUCGUAAUACAAACGAUCAUCAGCCAUGCCUCUAGUCCUAGUGGUAUUCAGUGAUGACAAACACCAAUGACUUGCUUCAGUACGUCCAAAAUGAUGCUUUUGGGAACUGGUUAUUUCCAGGGUACAAAACGGUAAACCCUGUUAAAUAUGAAUUAAAAAGAGAGGCACAGCAUACGCACCUAGCCUGCAGUGCAGGCGUUUUCUUUGAGCGCGCAAUUUGCUCGCGAAAGCGUCAUGUUGAAACUUCCCGAAGAGAGGAGGAAAUGGGGCGAGUCACAUGGUUACUUCUUCUACUCUCCCCAAUCUUUCAUUGUCAUAAAAUCAAAGAUGGCGGCUACAACAACAUUACGAACACGAACAAGGUUUCGCCCACCCAAAAUACGCCUGCACUGCAGGCUAAAAAUGUGGUAAAAAAUUCCAGGGAGAUGGAUCAUAUUAUUAUUUCACGUUCCUGAGAACAAAUUUUAAAUAUAUUUAUCGUCCUGCUGAAAUCAUGACCUUGCCGUUGCUGUGGCAUACUGCAUUUAAGCUUUUUAACUAUCAGCCGAGUGAAUUCAGAUAGUACUUACUUAAUUAGUACUAUUUGUGUCUACUUUCUUUUGGGAAAAGCGUUAUCAAACAAGCUUGACUGAUGGAAAUAUAGUGGUAGAAGGUAAACAGACCACGAAAAAAAAUCGUUUCAUUCUGAAAACACCGUUAAACGGCAUUUUUUUUUUUUUUUUUUUUUUUUUACUAUAACGUGUAUUUCAUUUUUAUGUUUUAGUCGUCGAUUGUGGCAGCUUACCUGAUCCACGUCACGGGGAGAAAACUUUACAAACCAAAACGACGUACGGAGGCAGGUCGGAAUUUAAAUGCACCAGCAAGCAUUAUUCAUUGACUGGAACCGAGACGAGGUUUUGUCAAGCAAGUGGCACAUGGAGUGGUACACCGGUGGUCUGUAAUGGUAAGACAACCGCACUGCGGAAUGGCCCAUACGGAAUUUUCUGAUAUAUUUUUAGAAAGUUUCCGUGGAUAUUUCUCAUACCUAGCGUAUUAAUCUGUCUCUUUUCAGCCCCUUGCAACAACCCCGGGAUUCCAAAAGGUGGAAAGCGUAUUGAUAAUAAUUUUAGGCAUGGCAAACAUGUGAGAUUCAGCUGUCCAAGAAAUCGCAAGAUGGUUGGCCCAAGGAAGAUUACCUGUUACAAUGGACACUGGAGCAACAAAAGACCACAAUGCCUGCGCCCGUCUCAAAUUAAAGGCAAGGCAAAUUAUCUCUGAAUCUCCUUAAUUCUAAACAGUAAUUUGGAAGUUUUCCUCUGUGGAUUUGUACUACGUACCAUGGAUCCACUUUGGAAGUUUGGAAAGUACUCAACGUAACGUAUAAAAGUCAGUCUAGCAAACCACUCUUGUGCAAAUAUAUAGUGUUGCAAAAAAAUGCAUUUAGGAUAGGAAUCCAACAGGAUGACUGAAAACAGAUAUAUUCACGCACACCAACUCAUAACAAUGAAAUCUCUACAAAAUCUCUCUCUUGAUAUAAUGAUUAGCUUUCUGUGUUACAUAAGCUGAAGUAGCCGAUCAUUUUUACGUUUUCGCAUGCAAGUCAUGUAAUUAUUAACAGUAACAGUCAACAGCCCUCCAGUUUAUAUAUAUGUUGAAUAAACUAUGUGAUCCUUUUUUUUUGAGAUUAUUCAAAGUGCGGUGUGAGAAGUAAAUUUCGUCGUCCUCGAAUGGUUGGUGGUUUAACAAGUGGUCAUGGAAUGUGGCCAUGGCAAGCCGGAAUUUACCGAGUUGACCGUAAAACAGGUUAAUUUAAAAGUUUUCUCUUAUUAUCAUAAUUUUAUUUCGUUCGCCUUUUUUCCAUUUGUCUUUCAAAGAAUAGUUUCUUGUCUACGAGCGCUCUAAUGUGAAUCAAAGUAAAACCCAGGGUUCUGUAAACUCGGGUGUAAACUGAACUACAUUUAUCUCUAAUACAUAAAUUCUUAUUUUUAAUAUGAGAUAAAUGGAGUUAAAUUUUCAAACCUUAUACUUUCUUCCGAGAAAGAGAAAAUUGCACAACCUACCCUUUUAUUUCUAGAGCGCUCAAAAUUAAUUCAACGUUUUGUAUUGUUUUCGUAAUCAUAAUCCAGUUGCAUGGGAAUGACAUUGAAGUCUUCUACUGACGUCUCUACUUGUUGUUGCUUCUUCUUCGUUAUUAUUUCAUCCUAUUUAAGCUACAUUUCAUUAGUCACACAACAUUCUUCUAACAUGAGCUACAACUACUUUUCUCGUAUUUAGGAAAAGCAUCAUUUAUUUGUGGGGGAGCCCUUAUUGAGAGACAGUGGAUUGUUACAGCAGCACAUUGUUUUAUGUACAGAGACCCAGAUGAUAACGUCAGACGACCUCUCAACUCUAAACCUGAGCAGUAAGCUUUACUUAUAUUUGCACCACACCAUAGCAUCUUCGUAUAAGCCUUUUUUAUGAUCGAAGCUAAUAGCUGAUAUAGACACAGUUAAAUUAGCUUGGAAAAAAAAAACAAUUGUUAUUAUUAAAAAUGAUACACCAAACUUAUCUCAAACAAUAGUUUCAUUGUUUGUUCUCUUGUAAAUAAUAAAAAAAAUAACUUUCCUUCAUUUACCCUCGGCAGUAUCUACCAGUAACUAAUCCUAGUGGGGCCGAGCAAAUUCCUGAAACAAAUAACUUACAUCAAUCCCAACUGGCUGGAGGUAUUAACUAGCUAAGCGUGGUCGAGGAGUUCAACUCGAGACUACCGUGAACAAAUGCAACCAGCGGUCAAGAUGGGACUUAAACUGCAGGCCACGCUGCCUCCUCCCUCUUAUUCUCUGAACCAUUCACCACCGCUCGGGGGUUAGGAAUAGUUCUUCGCUUUAUAAAUCGGUUUAGCGAUGAAUUGUCCGUUCUUUCCAAGAAAAUAAUAAAGUAUCAGCUUUCAUUAGUGUGCAAAAGUAGUUCAUUGAUUGACAUUCAUUUAUGCCCUGAUCGAGGGUUUAAAAGCUCUAUAACGAAGUACGUUUAAUGUAUAAAAAUUUGCAGCUGUUAAAUUAGUUACAAUUCGUUUCGCAUUCUAUAGAUUUAGAGUUGCUGUGGGUGACAGUCACCGCAACAAGACGGAAAAAUCUCAGCAUUUGUUUUUCGUGACCGACAUACUGAUGCACCCCAAAUACCAUGACCAGUUCAAAGAAAACGACAUCGCACUAGUGAAGUUGUCAAGUAGAGUUACACUUGGGCGAUUUGUACGAAAGAUCUGCCUUCCAGAAAAAGUAAACGGCUCGUCAUCUCAAGAUGCACUGACUCCGGGUAGUAAAGGAAACGUGGCUGGUUGGGGCGCCACGCAGGUUCUUAAACCAGGAGAAGUGGAUACACCGGACCCUGAAAAAGCAUCAUCCCAAAAGUUACUUUACGCAGAGUUUCAGGUCCAGGAUAUGGGGCGCUGCCGAAAUUCCACAGACUAUCACUUUAACGAGUCUACAAACUUCUGCGCUGGAAGCAAUAGACAUGGUGUCGGUAUAUGUAAAGGUGACAGUGGAGGUCCGUUUGUAAUGAACAUUUUACACGGCCGCGUGUUGAAAUGGACUGCUAUAGGAUUGGUUAGCUGGGGAGAAGGGUGUGGCAUAAUGGGUCGGUAUACAUUUUACACCAAGUUGGCCCCUUAUGUGGAUUGGAUUAAUCAGCAAAUGAAAAUAUAACUUUGUCACGCAUGUUACUUAUAAAGCUUUACAUAACUUCGGCAUCUCAUCCCAUAAAUGGGUAUUAGCCUUAAUUUAAAAGUACGUCGAUCUCGCUUAUAGACAUUUACAAUUGCAAAUAAAAGUUUCAAGUUAAGCAUUAGUCAGGGUACUGGCAUUUGUUUUCUCAAAUCUUGUUCAGAUUCAAGAGUGCAUGACCAGAAUUCUACGCAAUAGUGGUAGGUUUUAGAAGGAAGACUUUUUGCUUGGACAUGUUUUAUAAUAAACAGGUCUCACAUGUUACGAAACACAAAAACUGUUUUGAUUAAAUCACUCGCGUGAUCUGCUACAUGCGGGGUACUCUCCUCUUCUGUGCG